AUGCCUGUCACUAACUUCGCCCACCCUGAUCCCUACAAGUACCAGACCGGCUUCGACUCGCACCAGGAAACCGAAGCCGUCGAGGGAGCUCUGCCCAUCGGCCAGAAUUCCCCACAGAAGGCUCCCCAUGGGCUCUAUACCGAGAAGCUCUCGGGUACCGCAUUCACUGCCCCUCGCCAUGAAAACAAGCAGACCUGGGUAUACCGGAUCCUGCCCGCAGCAGCUCACGAGAACUUCGUUGAGGAAGAUGUCGGCUCCUACCACACCAAGAUGACGACCGAGGCCAGCAAGCUUCACCACAUUCCCAACCAGCUCCGCUGGAACCCAUUCGACCUCGAUGAGCAAGUCGACUGGGUCCAUGGAUUGCACUUGAUCGCAGGCUCUGGAGACCCCACCCUGAAGCAAGGUCUCGGAAUUUUGCUCUAUGCCGCCGGCAAGGAUAUGGGCAAGGAGGCCUUCUACUCUUCGGAUGGCGACUUCCUGAUUGUGCCCCAGCACGGUGUGCUGGACAUCCAGACAGAGCUCGGUCGCAUUAUUCUGCGCCCAAAUGAGAUCUGUGUCAUCCCCCGCGGUGUGAGAUACCGAGUGACCCUCCCCGACGGACCUGUCCGAGGCUACAUUUGUGAACUAUACCAGGGCCAUUACGAGCUCCCCCAGCUGGGCCCCAUUGGAUCCAACUGCCUGGCCAAUCCCCGCGAUUUCCAGUCCCCAGUCGCCGCCUUCGACGAUGAAGAAGAAAGCGAAUAUAAGCUGUACACCAAGUUCAAUAACACGCUCUUCUCCGCCCGACAGAACCACACUCCCUUCGACGUCGUCGCCUGGCACGGCAACUACUAUCCCUUUAAGUACGAUCUAGGCCGAUUCAACACUAUUGGUUCGAUCUCAUUCGAUCACCCUGACCCCUCUAUCUUUACUGUUCUGACUGGCCCAUCGGACCACGCUGGUACCGCCAUCGCUGAUUUCGUUAUCUUCCCUCCUCGCUGGCUUGUGGCAGAGAACACUUUCCGUCCACCUUGGUACCACCGCAACACCAUGUCUGAAUUUAUGGGUUUGAUCAGCGGUGACUACGACGCAAAGGUUGGCGGUGGUUUCAAGCCCGCGGGUGCUAGUUUGCACAAUGUCAUGAGUGCCCAUGGCCCUGACUCGGGUGCAUUUGAGGGCGCUAGCAAUGCCGAGUUGAAGCCCCAGAAGGUCGGAGAUGGAAGUAUGGCUUUCAUGUUUGAGAGUACUCUCAUGGUUGGUGUCUCCGAAUGGGGUCUUAAGCAGUGCCAAAAGGUCCAGCCCGAAUAUAAUGAGCACAGCUGGACGCCUCUGCAGCGACACUUUGUCAACCCCAACAAGAAGGCUUAA